UUUUGGAUAGUUUUGGGCUUGGUCAUUAUGUUAAUAACAAGCUUUUUGCUAAAACAUUUAUGGAAAGAUUUUCUUAUCGAUCCUGUCUUGGUAACUGAAGAUAGUGAUCAGAUACCUGUUCAGAAGAUAAGUUUUCCGGGUGUAGCAGUUUGCAGUGUUAAUAAAAUUAGCAAACGUAAAGCUAAAAUCCUUGCAGAAAACUUAUUUAGAAUUACUCAUCAGUAUCAGAAAAUGUAUUCUGAAUCUGAAAUUUUGGAAAAUAUCAAAUUGUUCGCAGAUUUAUACGAUUAUAAUUUAAGUGACAGAGAUAGACAUUUGAGUUUUCAAAAGUAUUUAGACGAUUAUCUCAACCUAACAACUACUGAAAUUAUUGGAGAAGUUAUAAAGUUAGUACCAAAGUGUGAUGAAACGUUACUUAAGUGUGUUUGGGGAGGAAUUGAAUACAACUGUGAUGAGUUAUUACAAUCCAGAAUCACGUUCGACGGGCGAUGCUGCUUAUUUAAUUAUAUUCCAACCAUUAAAAAUAAAAAUUACAGGAAAGAAAAAAUUUUCGAAAAGUUAUAUGCUCGCGGGGCUGGCGUCAACAAAGGCCUUCAACUUACUCUAAAAGACAACACAGACGAUUACUUUGUUACCACAACCGAAACGAAUGGAUACCUGAUAUACAUUUUCAAUCCUAAAGAUUUUCCCGAUAAAUCAAGUGGAGAUUUAACGGAAGUUAUUGCGAAUUUUGGCAAAGAAACAUUUAUAAGUAUUGAAGCCAGCGUUAUAUCGGGCACCGACGAUAUUAGAAUAUUACCUACCGGAAUGAGGAAUUGCAUACGUAGCGAAGAGAGGAAAACAGAAUUUGGAAAUUAUCGACAAAGUGAUUGUUUUGCACAAUGCAGAUUACACGCUAUAGAAUCCCUAUGUCGAUGUAAACCAUUCACGCAACCUUUGGACGUUUCGAAUUAUUGCACACUAAGUGAUUUACAGUGUAUGAAUAAAUACAAAACAAAAUGGAACAAUUAUUUUCCCUACGCCGUAGAAAAUUUAGAAGCGUUAGAAUUUGAAAAAUACGAAUCAAUACGGUGCUCAGAAUGUCUCCCUUCUUGUGAACAUGUAACAUAUAAAGUGUCAGUGGAUCAAACGGAUACGGCUACUAAUUUAAAUAAUGCGAUUGUCAGCAUUUUUUUUAAUAGACCAACGGCUAUGUCAUUUAAAAUUGAUGUACAACAGACAUGGUAUGAAAUGGUCAGUUCCUUCGGAGGUUACUUAUCCUUAUUGAUGGGAUUGAGCUUUAUAAAUUUAAUUGAAUUUCUGAUAUUGAUUUACAAAAUUCUUUUCUAUUUUUUCCGAUAUUUUCUGAAAAAUAUUUAUCGCAAAUCAAAAAAAGAAACAAAACGAAAAUUUCUACCGUAGUCAUUUUAGUAAUAUUUAUUUUAAUAAACGCAGCAAAUUUUAACUAUAGUAGAGAAACG